UUUGACUUGCCGUACAUCCUCUUGUGCACGCUAUUUCUGAUUCGCAAUAGUUGUAGUAUGUUUGCGUAAAGGGAAACAGACAUUCCGAGGGCAACGGAAUCGACUGCUACAGCGGACUAUCGGUGCUAAACUCAAUGGAUACCGGCAACUGUUUGGUGGAUUCCGGCGACAAGUCGGUAGUCUUGUUUUUGGACGGGGUAGCACUCCAUGACAAAGUGCCCCACAAAAGAAAAUCCUAUUCUGCAGAAUACAAACUGCAGGCAGUAAAAUAUGCAGCCGAAAACGGUAAUCGAGCAGCAGGAAGAAAGUUCGGAGUGAGUGAGAAACUUGUGAGGGACUGGCGUAAAAUGGAGGUUACUCUAACUCUAAUGAAGAAAACAAAGAAAGCUAAUCGCGGGCUGAAAGCAAGAUGGCCAGAGCUGGAGAAACGAGUGUACAGAUGGGUUCUGGAGCAGCGCGCUGCCGGGAGACGCUUGUCAGCAGUGCAGUUACGGCUCCACGCUCUGAUAGUGGCCAAGGAGAUGAACAUACAGGAUUUUGCUGGAGGACCUUCGUGGUGUUCCCGCUUCAUGCAACGCAACCGUCUCUCUAUGGGAACACAAACAAAGUGGUGUCAGAAACGCCCUCUCGCGGCUGUAGACGAUACACGUGAGAUGCAGAUGUCGUUUAUUAAAGAGGAGAGUGAAGACAUCAGGAUUGCAGAUGUGUUCAACAACAAACAUGAAGAUACUGAGGAACAAACAGAAAUUCAGCUGGAAUAUUCCCAUCCGUUUACAAGUGAAGACGAGCAUCAAAGCUUCAUUGAUAUAUGUGUAGAGGAGAUGGGAGAUCCAGAACCCUGCAGAAUCAAACACACUGAACACACUGAAGAACUAACAGAUACACGUGACAUAAAGAUGUCGUUUAUUAAAGAGGAGAGUGAAGACAUCAGGAUUGCAGAAGCGUUCAACAUCAAACAUGAAGAUUCUGAGGAACAAAAAGAAAUUCAGCUGGAAUAUUCCCAUCCGUUUACAAGUGAAGACGAGCACCAAAGCUUCAGGAAUAAAUCUGUAAAGACUGAGUUUAUUAAAGAGGAAAGAGAGGAGAUGGGAGAUCCAGAACCCUGCAGAAUCAAACACACUGAAGAUACUGAAGAACUAACAGACCUGAAGGUGCUGAAAGAGGAGGGUCAAGAACUGAAUCAAAAUGAAGAGAAGUACCUGAAUGAGGAAAAUCCAGACUUCAAAACGGAAGAAAAAUAUCUUAGCUGCUCACAGACUGAAGAGGUUUCCACACGAAUAAGAGCUCAGAAGACAGGAACUAGAGAUUUGACUGAAGAAAAUGAGGACAAUGAAGAAUUGAGAGAAGCUGAGGAGAAAAAUCACUUCAAAACUGGAGAAAACCCUUCGCGUUGCUGUCAAAGAAAACAAAUAUUAUUAAAGAAAACAAGAGCCAAUAAAUCUUUUACCUGCACUCAGUGUGGAAAGAGCUGCAAAUAUAAACAUAUUCUUGAUGUUCACAUGAGAGUUCAUACUGGAGAAAAACCGUUCACUUGUGAUCAUUGUUGGAAGAGUUUCACACAAUCAGCUAGUCUUAAGUUACACAUGAACAUCCACACUAGAGAGAAGCUGUACACAUGUGAUCAAUGCGGGAAAACAUUUUUGAGAGCUUCAGUCCUGAAACAGCACCUAAAAGUUCAUACAAAGGAGAAACCACACUCAUGUCAUUUGUGUGGAAAGAGAUUUUCACAUCUACAACAUUUAAAAAAACAUCAGAAAAUACAUUCUGGUGUGAGAGAGCAUGUGUGCUUUGAGUGUGAGAAGACCUUUACUUCAGCGAGCAGUUUAAAACUGCAUGAGAGGAUUCACACUGGAGAGAAACCUUACAAGUGUUCACACUGUGACAAGAGAUUCAGUGUGUCAGCAACUCUAAAAAUACAUGAGAGGAUCCACACUGGAGAGAAACCGUAUACAUGUGAUCAGUGCGAGAAGAGUUUCAGAAUAAAAGGAAAUCUUUUGGUGCAUAUGAAAGUUCAUACUGGAGAGAAGCUGUUCACUUGUGGUCAGUGUAAAAAGAGUUUUGGACGAUCAGCAAACCUUAAGAGGCACUUGAGCAUCCACACUAGAGAGAAACUGUACGCAUGUGAUCAAUACGAUAAAUUUUUCUUGAGAGCUUCAGUCCUGAAAAAAUACUUGAGAGUUCAUUCAAAAGAGAAGCCACAUUCAUGUAAUUUGUGUGGGAGAAGGGUUUCAAGUCUACAAAGUUUGAAAGAACAUCAGAAAACACAUACUGGUGUGAGAGACUACAUGUGCUUCGAGUGUGAGAAGACUUUUACGUCACCAAACUGUUUGAAACAGCACCAAAGGAUUCACACUGGAGAAAAACCUUACAAGUGUUCACACUGUGGCAAGAGAUUCAGUCAGUCAUCACAUCUGAAAACACAUGAGAGGAUUCACACUGGAGAGAAACCGUAUCAUUGCACUGCAUGUGGGAAGUGUUUCAAUCAAUCUUCUGCCCUAAACAGACAUACAAAAAAUAAUCACAAAAUUCAGCUGGAAAAUUCCCAUCAGUUUACAAGUGAAGACGAGCAUCAAAGCUUCAGGAAUAAAUCUGUAAAGUUUGAGUUAAUUAAAGAGGACCGAGAGGAGAUGGGAGAUCCAGAACCCUGCAGAAUUAAACACACUGAAGAUACUGAAGAACUAACAGUGUUGAUUGAAGAACAUGAGGACAAUGAAGAAUUGAUUGAAGUUGAGGAGAAAAAUCACUUCAAAUCUGGAGAAAACCCUUCGAGUAGCUGUGAAAGCAAACAGAUAAUAUUAAAGAAAACAAGAGCCAAUAAAUCUUUCACCUGCACUCAGUGUGGAAAGAGCUGCAAAUAUAAACAUAUUCUUGAUGUUCACAUGAGAGUUCAUACUGGAGAAAAACCGUUCACUUGUGAUCAUUGCUGGAAGAGUUUCACACAAUCAGCUAGUCUUAAGUUACACAUGAACAUCCACACUAGAGAGAAGCUGUACACAUGUGAUCAAUGCGGGAAAACAUUUUUGAGAGCUUCAGUCCUGAAACAGCACCUAAAAGUUCAUACAAAGGAGAAACCACACUCAUGUCAUUUGUGUGGAAAGAGAUUUUCACAUCUACAACAUUUAAAAAAACAUCAGAAAAUACAUUCUGGUGUGAGAGAGCAUGUGUGCUUUGAGUGUGAGAAGACCUUUACUUCAGCGAGCAGUUUAAAACUGCAUGAGAGGAUUCACACUGGAGAGAAACCUUACAAGUGUUCACACUGUGACAAGAGAUUCAGUGUGUCAGCAACUCUAAAAAUACAUGAGAGGAUCCACACUGGAGAGAAACCGUAUACAUGUGAUCAGUGCGAGAAGAGUUUCAGAAUAAAAGGAAAUCUUUUGGUGCAUAUGAAAGUUCAUACUGGAGAGAAGCUGUUCACUUGUGGUCAGUGUAAAAAGAGUUUUGGACGAUCAGCAAACCUUAAGAGGCACAUGAACAUCCACACUAGAGAGAAAUUGUACACAUGUGAUCAAUGUGGGAAAACAUUUUUGAGUACUUCAGACCUGAAAACACACCUGAGAGUUCAUACAAAGGAGAAACCACAUUCAUGUAUUUUGUGUGGAAAGAGUUUUUCACGUCUGCAAAGUUUGAAAAUACAUCAGAAAACACAUACUGGUCUGCGAGAUUAUGUGUGCUUCGAGUGUGAGAAGACUUUUACUUCAGCGACCUGUUUAAAACAUCACCAGAGGAUUCACACUGGAGAAAAACCUUACAAGUGUUCACACUGUGACAAGAGAUUCAGUCAGUCAUCACAUCUGAAAACACACGAGAGGAUUCACACUGGAGAGAAACCGUAUCAAUGCACUGCAUGUGGGAAGCAUUUCAGUCAAUCUUCUGCCCUGAACAGACAUAUAAAAAACAAUCACAUUAAAAAGAUGUCGUUUAUUAAAGAGGAGAGUGAAGACAUUAGGAUUACAGAAGUGUUCAGCAUCAAACAUGAAGAUACUGAGGAACAAACAGACCUGAAGGUGCUAAAAGACGAGGGUCAAGAACUGAAUCAAAAUGAAGAGAACUACCUGCUUGAGAAAAGUUGUGAUUUCAUAAUUGAAGAAAAAUAUCUUAGCUGCUCACAGACUGAAGAGGUUUCCACACGAAUAAGAGCUCAGAAGACAGGAACUAGAGUUUUCUGCUGCAAACACUGUGGAAAAAGUUUUAGCCAAUAUGAAACCCUUAAAAGACACAUGAAAAUUCACACUGAAGAGAAACCUUUUAUCUGCAAACAGUGUGGAAAGAUUUUUACUCUUAAAGGAAACCUUAAAAAGCACAUACGAAUUCACACUGGAGAGAAGCCUUUCGCCUGCAAACAGUGUAAGAAGACCUUCACUGAAAAAAGAACCCUUGAGCGCCACAUGAGAAUUCAUACUGGAGAGAAGAGUUUCACCUGCCAACAGUGUGGAACAAGUUUCACUGAAAAAGGAAACCUUGUGCGUCACAUGAGGAUUCACACUGGAGAUAAGCCUUUCACUUGCCAAAAGUGUGGGAAGAGUUUCACUGAAAAAGAAAACCUUGAGCGCCACAUAAGAAUUCACACCAGAGAGAAGCCUUUCACUUGCCAAAAGUGUGGGAAGAGUUUCACACAAAAAGGAAAUCUUGAAAGUCACAUGAGAAUGCAUACUGGAGAGAAGCCAUAUACAUGCACUCAGUGUGGAAAGAGCUUCACUGCAAAAAGAAACCUAAAACUACACAUGAGCAUUCACACUGGAGAGAAGCCUUUCACCUGCCAACAGUGUGGGAAGAGUUUCACACAAAAACAGCAUCUUAAAGUCCACAUGAGAAAUCAUACGGGAGAGAAAGCUUUUACUUGCCAACAGUGUGGAAAAAGCUUCGCUGAAAAUGCAUACCUUAAAGUCCACAUGAUAGUUCACUCUGGAGAGAAGCCAUUCACAUGCCAACAGUGUGAAAAGAGCUUCUCUCAAAGAGGACAUCUUAAAAUCCACAUUAGAAGUCACACUGGAGAGAAGCCUUUCACCUGUCAUCAGUGUGGAAAGAGCUCCACAACAGCAGUGAACCUCAAAUAUCACAUGAGAAUUCACACCGGAGAGAAGUUGUUCAGUUGUGAUCAGUGUGGAAAGAGUUUCAAACUAAAAAAAUCCCUUAACUGUCACUUGAGUUCACCCAAGAAGUGUGGAAAAAGUGUCAAUCUAAACCAGGGGUCAGAAACCUUUAUUUCAUGAAGUGCCAUUUUGUUGUGUUUCCUAGUGAAUCCCUGUGCCACAUCACAGUCAUUUUGAUGUGUGGAAUGUGGACAGGGACUCUUGUCUGCAUUGAUAGCCUAGGGCAGGGUUCUCCAAACUCAGCCCUGGAGGGCCACUUUCCUUCAGAGUUUAGCUCCAAAACCAAUUAGACACACCUGACCUGCUAAACAAGGUCCAACUAGGCAUACUAGAAACUUUCAGCCAGGAGUUUUGGAUCUUCUUGGAACUAAACUCUGCAGGACAGUGGCCCUCCAGAACUGAGUUUGGAGAACCCUGGCCUAGUGCAACUGUCCCACCUAUGACCGGUUCAAAUCCUGACUCGCAGUUCCUCAAAAUGUAGUUCUGUAUGCAGGUGGGAGGUACUUUAAAAGAAUGAAAUACAUACACCUCUCUCUUAUUAUUGUAUAAGUGUGCACACUGCACAAAUGAUUACGAGAUCAAGGCAUUUAUCUUUUUGUGUUUAUAUCUAAGUAUGUUUCCAUAUCACAUAAAAGUAAAUAAAAUAUCAGUAUCAUAUUAUAUUCAUAAAAAAAUGAAAACAAUUAGAGAUUCGAGUUGUUUUAUUUUAAGUUUUAAUGCAUUCUUAUGACAUACCCGGUCUGUGGAUGAUGCAGUAAACAUGGGACUGUAUUUCAUCCUGCAACAUCUGGACAAAACAGGGACUUAUGUGAGGAUCCUGUUUGUGGACUUUAGUUUGGCUUUCAACACCAUCAUCCCAAAAGCCCUCCAGACCAAAUUUCAUGUCAAACAGCCGCUCCACCAACACUGGUGCCCCACAGGGAUGUGUUCUCUCCCCUCUGCUCUUCUCGCUGUACACCAAUGAUUGCACCUCUAAAGACCCCUCUGUCAAGCUCCUAAAGUUUGCAGAUGGCACUACAGUCAUCGGCCUCAUCCAGAGCAUGAUGAGUCUGCUUACAGACAAGAGGUUGAGCAGCUGGCUGUCUGGUGCAGUCUCAACAACCUGGAGCUGAACACGCUCAAAACACUGGAGAUGAUCGUGGACUUCAGGAGAAACCCCCCUGCACUCCCCCCACUCACCAUCAUGAACAGCCCUGUGACUGCAGUGGAGUCAUUCAGAUUCCGGGGAACCACCAUCUCUCAGGAAGUUAAUUCUCAGCACAUAGAGACUCUUUCACCUAGAUAUCACACUAUAGAGACUGUGUCUGUUCCCUAAACUAGAAAAUACAAAAAUUACAAAAAAUUUAAUUGAGGUUCAACAAAUAAAAAAUAGAUGCAAUACGGAUAAACAAAUUAUAAAUCUCGGCUUAUUGAAUAUCAGGUCCCUUUCUACAAAAUACAUUUUUGUAAAUGAAAUGAUAACUGAUCAUAAUCAAGAUGGGCUCUCUUUGACAGAAACCUGGCUUAAACCUGAUGAUUACAUUAUUUUAAAUGAGUCCACCCCCCAAGAUUACUGUUAUAAACAUGAGCCGCGUCUAAAAGGCAAAGGUGGAAGUGUUGCUUCAAUUUAUAACAACGUUUCAGUAUUUCUCAGAGGGCAGGCUUCAAGUAUAACUCGUUUGAAGUAAGGUGUUAAUGAUAAAUCCCCUGUUAUGUUUGUACUGGCUACUGUAUACAGGCCACCAAGGCACCAUACAGACUUUAUUAAAGAGUUUGGUGAUUUUACAUCCGAGUUUUAAUUGUUUGUGAUUUUAAUAUCCAUUUUGAUAAUGAAAGAGAUGCAUUGAGAUCAGCAUUUAUACACAUUCUGAACUCUAUUGGGGUUAGACAACACAUCUCAGGACCUACUCAUUGACGAAAUCAUACUCUAGAUUUAAUACUGUAGAUUUUACGCUCAAGGAAGACUUAGUAAAACAGUCAUAACACCAUUGUUUAAUGAGCAUACUCGCACCCUAAAGAGAGCAGCCCGAAAAAUGGAGCGCAGCUGGAGGAAAACAAAACUAGAGGUAUUUCAUAUUGCUUGGCAGGAAAGUAACCUAUCCUACAGAAAAGCAUUAAAAACUGCUAGAUCCGAUUACUUUUCAUCUUUUUUUUAGAAGAAAACAAACAUAACCCCAGGUAUUUAUUCAAUACAGUGGCUAAAUCAAUAAAAAAUAAAGCAUCAAUAAGUGUUUACAACAAGUGUCUAUUUUACUACUAAUAUUGAUACUAUUAGAGAUAAACCAUUCAGCCGUCAGCUACAGUAUCACAUCAGACAGUGCACUAUAGACCCCUGAGGAACAGUUCCACUCAUUCUCUACCAUAGGAGAUGAAAAAUUGUAUAAACUGCCUUUAACUAUCAUUUUCCAUUAUUGAGACACUGUUUUCCAAAUGAAUGUUGUUCAGUGAUUUGACACAAUGUAUUUUGUUUAAAGCGCUAUAUAAAUAAAGGUGAUUGAUUGAU